AUGCCACUUCAUCAUCAACGGCAACGCACCUACUGUUGCAAUAUCUUCAUCGUCUGGUAUAACCUGUUGGAUCUUCGUGCUAGUCCGCUCACGAGGAAGUCAUCUGACCGCCUUCCAAACGAGCCUAUGACUGCCACUGCAUCGGAAGGCAAGUUGAAUCACUCCAUGGCAGAUAAUACUACUGUGGUCAGCGGCAGCUACGAACUCUAUGACCCGCCCAUGAAGACCACCCCGUCAUACAUGCUGAAGCACGGUGAUGGCCUGAGCAACAGCACGAGCCAACUCAGGGAGAGUCAAAGCGGCUUCAGAAAUACUCAUCACUCAGGGCGCCUUACAAACACCAUGUCCUCUGGUGAUCGUCAAGUGACCACUUUGGGAGAGACGGUUUUAUCCACAUGCUCGAGAUUCAUCACAGAGUUCGAUAACGUGGAUGAGUCCGGCAUUCAUGAGAUGACCAUAGAGCAUUUUCUUGACUACGUCGAGCGCCAACGCCUUACAUAUAUGCCCCAUAGAGGUAGCCGCUGGGACAAGGUCCUCAAAUGGACUGAGUAUUUUGCGCUUCAAAUAUCAGGCUAUGCGAAAGCCAUAGAGUCUUUUGUGCUGGACUCUGAUAUUGCUGCAAAACUGAUCUGGACUGCCUGUCGUGCAUUGCUUGCGCUCGGUCCAGACAAUGCCCAAGCUCUUGAGGUAACCUUUGGCGUCUUCUAUCAGCUGGGACAGUCCAUUUCACUACUCUUACGCCACAACAAUGUUCUCUAUGCGAACAGCCAUGGUCAUGCGGAGGUGGCUUCCCUAUUCAACGAGUUGCUCAUACUGGUCCGAGAAGUCAGCAUACACUACCGCAUGGCAUUAAUCAAAAAUUCGUCUGCGGAGGUCAGCUUAGACUUCAAUAGGCUCUUCGGCCAUCGCAUGAAGGACUUUAGCCGCCGUAAGUCUCACAUUGUCGAGAUGAUGUGGGGUUCGGGCGAGGAAAGCGCAACGAAGAUCCGCACGUUUCGAAAAUGGCUCAGCUCUCCUGAUCGUAAUCUGCAAAAGUUCUUUCAGAGCCGCGACUUUGCUCCCAGUCCUCAGGAAGAAUACACAUGCGAAUGGUUCCAAAGCCAUCUUCUUGCCUUUUCACGUAGCAAAGAGGACGUCCUGGCUAUUUCAGGCCCAGCGGGCAGCGGGAAGAGCACCCUCUGUGGCUGGAUCAUCGAGAGACUCCAGAGGCCGCUGGGCAAGAAAACUCACGAGGUUUUGACUUGCCACAUCGAAGCAGAUAUCCAUGGGGAAACAACUUCAUAUGCAAUAGCCAAGCGAUUAGUCCUUCAACUGCUCGAAAAGGCCAUAGGCGAUCAGCACUUGCUCCGCGAGAUCGAAAAGGCUUACACCAUUGCCAUAUCUGCAAAUGUUAGCGGAUUAGAGGGCGCGAUCUGGAAAUGUCUGGACAUUGGCCUAAAUCAAUUCAAGACCACUGGCAAUGUAAUGAUCGUCGUUGAUGGUCUUGACAAUAUCAAAGGCGGAGAGCAGGCCGCAAAGGAAGUUGCAAAUCACCUAGGCUCGCUAGCGUUGAAACACAACAGCGUGCAGCUGAUCAUCCUCUCCCGGAUUGCUGUGGUACCAACCACAGGGCGCACCCAAAAGUUCAAGAUAAAUUCCGAUUAUACGCACGAAGAUCUUCGUUGUGUCAUUGACCACGCUCUUAAAGAGAUCAAGUACUUUCGCGACCAGAACGACCACGCUCGGGAAGGCCUUGUCGAGAAGCUGCUUCAUGCAGCGAACGGCAACUUCCUGUGGGCUGUUCUGACAGCUGUCUCGUUGAAGCAGGAGACUUCACGCGAUAAUUUCAUGAAAGCUGUCGAGGCUGCAAAGCAAUCCCCCAAGUCGCUCGACGAAACGAUUGCAAAGCUUGUUGAUAAGUUGGAUCUCGCUCGAUCUGAGGCAAGUUUACUUUUAUCUUGGAUGCUUGUGGCAGAGCGGCCACUGGCCAUUGCAGAGGUCAAAUGCCUGCUGCAGACUGAUCUGCAGAAGAAGCUUUCCGUAGAAAGGAAGUCUGAUGUGAAGUACGACAUUAACGUUGCCUUGGGGCCUCUGGCAGUCAUCCAGCAUGACUUUCUGCGCUUCCGACACUCGGCAAUCCAGUCACAUCUGGCCAAGAUCCAAGCCGAGGGAAGGAAGCUUCUCGGCUAUCACGCUGCUCAGAGUGACCUCACCAUGAGACUACUUCUCUACUGCAAGUCCAACCUUACUGACACAACCGAAUUAGCAUUUGCGAUAGAGGAUAGAACGGAAGUCGAAAGUCUCUGGGGAAAGCAUGCUCUAUUGGAGUAUGCUGUACGUAAUUGGACUUUACAUUUCCGGCGUUCUUCGAUGUACCAGGCCGCCGGCCCGCUACCAAUCUCCACAGAGUUCAAAGCAUUGUUUCCAACCUCACCGCAACUGGCAAUCCUAGAAUGGGCAUGCUGGGGGCUGGAGACAUCCGAUUCUGAUGCCAUUCAGACUCACGAGCUUGCUCUUCGCGUACGUGAGCACGUCCUCACCGAAAAGCAUGAGUCGGUGGUCCAGACUUUGAUUAUCUGUGGGACUAUCUACCGGAAUCUCUCCAAGUCAAAUGAAUCUGCAGCCUGCUUCUAUCGCGCAUCGCGUCUUGGACAACUAAUUCUACGCAAGCACCACCCAGUCACUGUCACUUGCACUACGACAUUUCUCGCCAUCACCGAGACGUUGACCAUUACCACUCGCACCGAGCUUGUUACACGUAAGGAAGAAAUGCUGAAAUUUAUCAUAGACGUCUACCGUCGCCAGUAUAGCAGGACCCACGACCUUGUCAUUCGAUACUACAAGAUGCUGGCGCAACUAUACGUUGAUAUCAAGGAAGAACAUAACGCCGAGAAGGUAUGGCGCGAGCUACGGGAAAUCACCGUUGCGCGCUUUGGCAAGGGUUCGGAGUCUUUGCAGGAAGAAGUCAGCAUCUCGGAACAACUCACUGUUGUGCUGAAGCGGCGCGACACCAAGACGGACGUCGUCGAGUACGAAAGAGGCAUCUUCGAUAUCGCCAUGGAACUCGAAGUGUGGGAUAGUAAGCGCAUCAAGUUGACCAUUGACCUAGCAGUAUCCUAUGAAGCACGCGAAGAAUUACUCAUGGCGGAGGAGCUAUACAUCAUGCUCUGGAGGCGGCUCACGGACCGAUGCCAUCAGUUUCACCAUCAUCACGGGGCGGAGAUACAUAUCUCCACGAUCGACGUGGUGCUGGAGUAUGUUCGGUUCCUUCGACGCCAUCGUCGACACGAGGAAGCUUCCAACGUCCUCAUCUGCAUCUGGACUGAGUACGAGGGGUAUGAUUUUGAAUCAGAGACAAUCUUCUUACGACUCAAGAUGAUUGGAGAGCUCAUGCGUACUGUUGGUCUUCUAUCUGUGGCUGUAAACGUCUUCAAAAAAUGCUGGGGUUGGUUCAGCGCCCAUGGCAAGCACGAGCAUACCACCUCAUGCGAGAUGCAAAUUUCCAAGACUGUCGAAGAGAUCAUCUCCACAACGACUACUACAACGACUACGACGACCACAACGACCACAGAGACCGUAAUUCAAGAGGUCUUCGAGUCAACCCUCUCUCGCUCCACUGUGACAUCUGAGACCAUCAUCGUUUGCAAGAGUCUCAUUUCCUACUACAUGAAGCUCGAAGAGUGGGCUCAAGCUAUUGAAGUCACGACUAGGUCCCUACGGUUGGUCUGGAGGUCGUUCAUCUCUGGCGGAGGAGUGAUCGCCCUGCCAAAAGACUUUGGUGCCGAAGCAAUGGAUAUCGCACUUGGCCUGGCUUUGUGUCAUCAUCGUUCACACCAUUUUCAUGAAGCCGAGGAGAUAUACGUCCGUGUGUAUCGCGCCUGUCGAAACUCUUUCCAUAUUUCCGACGAGCGCAUGAUCAAGUGUUCUGGGGACCUGAUCGGUUUCUACGAGGAGCACCGUCACUGGCGCAAGGUGAUUGAGAUCUACCAAGAGCUUCUUGUUGAAUAUCGCGAACAUUUGGGUGCUGAUCAUACUUUGACCAUCCGCACACUCUAUGUCCUUGGUUCUUUGUGCGCUGAUCACGGACAUGGUGAGGCUUAUGAUUACUAUGAAGAGAUCAUCGCCACCCUCAAUCGGGACUCGCACGUCUGCCACGCCGAUGCUUUAGCCGCAAUGUUUCAUAUAUGCAAUUAUCAUUAUGAGGCGGGCCAUUGGCGUAAGCUCAAGGGCGUCUGCAAAAUCCUGUGGGACACCUGGAAGGACCAUCGUCACGGGCAUGCCAAAUUCACGGUCGAUUUCGUUGAGGUACUCUACUUCCGCUACCGUUAUGUGCUAGAAACACAUGACCAGUGUGACUACUCUGUGCUCCGAGAACUGACCAGUGAAUAUCGCACUCUUUGUAUCGAAACAUUUGGCGCCGCUGUUGCGAUUACUAUCAAAGCUUCGAUCGAGCUAGCUCAGCUCUGCAUGAGGAGUGAGAAGUAUAUCCACGAGGCUAUUUCAAUCUAUGAGGAAGUGCUUUCGCAAACGAAGUCAACAAAGACCACGACCUCAACCGUAAUCUCCACGACUACAAUCACGUCUGUCAAAGAAAGGCUGACAAAAGCGUAUACUUCGGUCUGCAGCCACUCUUCAGUCUCUUCCGAAACGAUCCAACGUGCAAUUACAGUUAUUCACGAGCGGUAUGAGUCCUUGACACUCACGCUCGGCUGGUCUCAUACCGAAACAUUGACUUGUCUCCGGGAGCUGGUGCUACUGAAAAUGAGGCUGAAGUCGCAAGAAUCCCGUACGGCGGUGGAACAAAUUCUGCUCGAGGCCACUGUUGAGGUCGUUAAGGGAGAGAGAAAGUCACGAGCGCUGCACGAGGCGGGUAGGAUCCUGGCCAACAUUUAUCUCAGCUGUGGCUUGGUUGAGCAAGGGCUGGAUGUGAUCCAAGAGGUACGCUUGCAAAUCAUCACCGGAACGGGUCCAACCCAGGGCAAACUUAGAGUCAAGCUUGAUAAGUCCGCCGGAAAAGUUGCUUUCGUCUUCUUGGUCACGUUCGAACUGGUGAUUCGACAGCAAAACUCGGUCAGUUACUCCGAGAUCAUGGCCGAUUAUCUUACGGAAUACAUUCUGUAUGAGACGUACACCCGCAGUAUCCAUUCCAAGGCAGAUAUCGAAACCAUUCUGGUGCACACAGGCCGGCUUAGAGCCUUCUUGGUCUCCCAUUCACGCAAAGCACAGGUCAAGACACUCGAGCAGCAGUCUCUGGACCUCUUCCUCAAGAAGUGGCCAACCAAAGCGCGCCGCGAGGUAAUCCUCAUCUUCCAUAUCGGUCUACUUGAGGAGUUCGGCAAGCAUGAAACUCGCAACGUGAGCAUCACUGAAGCCGCCUGUAUCUCCACCAUCGCCAAGGUCACGCUCCUUAUUCAGCAAGACCGUGUCCAAGAGGCCUACGAAGUUGCACUAUGCGGCACCGAGUUCAUCAACAACCUGCGCGCGUAUCACCAGCUGCAGAACGUGCCGUACGGCUUCAAGCUCUCGGCACUCAUGGCUCGGCAUAGAGCCAAGGCUCCGCGAGAACAUCUCCGAGAACUGAAUGACCUUGUUGGACUUCUAGGAGAGCAGCAGAAUUUUGUCGAUCUUGAAUGGAUCUUGGACCUCCUUUGGCGUUCCCGUGAAGUGCAAAAGAAAUGGAACUCGGAAGAUAUCGUUGACGUCGGGCGCCGCCUCGUGCAAGUGCGCUUCCUCAACAACCGCCAAUCGCAGGCCACGCGACUUUGCGAGGAUAUUUGUUACAACCUACGUCGUGCCUGGGGCUCUUUAGACCCGAAAACGCUCGAGAUGUCGGUUCUGCUCUCACAGCUAUACACCAGCCAAGGCCACUACCGCGAAGCGCAGGGUGUGCAUGAGAAUAUUCUGCGCUUGGUGGUGGAAGGUGACGACGACGAUGACCGCACGUUGGAUACGAUGGAAUCGGAAGCAGUUAGGCAACACGUCGAACUGUUAAGGCAAAGCUUCUUGCGCUUAAAGGGCUUCGACAAGUCCAAAAACCUCUACCGCGAGCUUAUGGACGAGCUCCUCAAAAUGCCGGCAUACAAAAAUGAUCCCGAAUGGAAAAAGGUGCCACACGUCGACCAAUGGAAUAUCAAGGAAGCUCCUUCAGAGACCCUUGGCAAAUUCGUGCCGCCAGCGAACUGGGAAUUCGCUACCAAGGAAAACCCUACGGGAAAUGGGGAAGUCAGGCCUGCUCACCGGAGAUCCGGCAUGGCGGGCAAGAGAGUGACGAGCAAUUGGGGCAUCGGCCUCAUUGAUCGAUUUUUGAUUGGGGGCCAUCACCGCGAGCAGGUGAGCGGUGAGCGGAACGGUGACGGUUUGAUGAGCAAUGGCGCUAAGAGUCAGGUGGAUGUGGAGAAGUCGAUGCUGCUGGAUGGUAAGGAUGGGGGUAAGAAUGAGGCCAAGGAGGCAGGAUGGAUUGAUUGA